GGCUGUUCCGUGGUUCCACUUCAUCGUGGUUAGCCGAAUUUGUAAACAAAAAUAAUAUUUUUUCCAAGUUAACAAACAAGAAGAGUUCGUAAUUUCUCGUAACAAAUAAAGUUGAUUGAUUUAAGAUUUACAAUGGAGCUCUGCUGCAAAGUUCAAAACUAUGAAUGGGGGAAGAUGGGAACUGAAAGCAAAGUUGCGCAGCUAAUAUCUAGCGCAAAUCCAAAUCUAGACAUUGACGCUACAAAGCCAUACGCAGAGUUGUGGAUGGGAACCCAUCCUAAUGGACCAUCAAUGAUUGUGGAAAGGGGAAAACUAAUUUCGGAGUAUUUAAACGACAACCACGACGCAGUAGGUAAAGAUGUGAAAAAACAUUUUGGAGUGACUGUGCCGUUCCUUCUCAAAAUUCUAUCAGUGAGAAAGGCAUUGUCAAUUCAAGCUCAUCCAACAAAGAAACAUGCUGAAGAAUUACACAAAAAGUUUCCAGAAAUGUAUAAAGAUCCAAACCAUAAACCUGAACUUGCCAUAGCACUCACUAGAUUUGAAGCUCUCUGUGGAUUCCGGCCAUUAGAGGAAAUUGAAAAAUAUUUAGACUAUGUUCCUGAGUUGAAAUCUAUAUUACCCUCUGAUAUUGUUAGCAGUUUCGAUGACAAAAAUAUUGAUUCAGAGAAAAAAAUAAAAAAAUUAUUCAAUUCAUUAAUGACAUCUGACAAGUCAGCUGUAGAGAUGGGAUUGAAAAAUUUACUAUUAAGACUGGAAAACGAAGGUCCAGAGAUUCAAGCACUGCUCUUAUACCCGGUGUUGCAACAGCUUCACAAGGAUUACCCAGGAGAUGUGGGAUGCUGGGCACCAUAUUUUAUUAACUACAUCACAUUACAACCAGGACAGGCUAUUUUUCUCAAACCUAAUCUUAUACACGCCUAUUUGAGUGGAGACUGUGUAGAAUGUAUGGCUUGCUCGGACAAUGUGGUGCGGGCUGGACUAACUCCGAAACACAUGGAUGUCCCAACGCUAGUGGAGAUGUUGGACUACAAAAGCUAUACACCACAGGACCUACUGUUCAAUCCGGAGUUGGAAGAUCCAAAUUGCUGCAUCUGGAGACCACCUGUACCAGAUUUUGCAGUCAUCAGAAUAAGAGUGGAAAGCGGUGACUCCUACAACACGAUAGUGCGUCACAGCCCCAGCAUAAUCAUUGUGACGUCGGGUAGCGGCGAGGCUUGUGACACGGAGCCGCUUAAAGCGCGCCCCGGCCUGGUCUUGUUCCUCAAAGCCAGCAGACAACUGACCCUCACGCCAGAGGAAAACUCACACAUUGAAGCGUAUCAGGCGAUAUGUAACGUUUAGUUUUUUUUAUAUUUACGAAUAUAAGGCUUUGUCCACAUCUGAUCAUUUGCUCGAUCAGAUCUCCGUCGCGUAUGAUCUAAGCGUAUCAUGAUCGCUAGUGUGCACGCAAAAUUUGCGCGAUCAUCGGGGUGUAUCAUGAUACGAAGUGUAUCAUGAUCGCGCAAAUUUUGCGUCCACACUAGCGAUCAUGAUACGCUUCGAUGACAUCGCGCAAAUGAAUAGAUGUGGACAAAGCCUAUGACUAUGAAGUGUUUAAAAAAUAAGUUAGGUUAUUCUUUAUACAAGGAGCCGCUUAGAGCGCGCCUCAGCCUACUCCUGUUCCUCAAAGCCAGCAGACAACUCAUCCUGGAGGAAAACUUACACAUUGAAGCGUAUCAGGCGAUAUGUAAUAUUUAGUUUAUUGAAUAAUGAAUAUAUUAUAUUGACUUAGGCGUGUUAAAAAAAGUUCUCAUAUUCUUCAUACUGGUCCUGUCACGAAGCUUAUAAUGUAAUAUUCAGUUUUUUUUAAAUUAUGCAUGAUAAUAUUAUGACGAAAGGCAAUAAGAUAUAGGUUGUCUAUGUUGCUGUGCUUUACAACAGUGUUUAUAUAUUUUGUGUUUGACCAUAGUACGUAAUUUGGCUUAAUUGUUAUGUUAAUUUUUUUAAAACUUAUAUGAAAUAUUGAUGCUUUUUAGUUUUUAGUAAAGCAACUUUAUGCUAACUACAAAACUACAGGUCUGACCACGGUAGCCAUAUUUUUUAAUUGAUGAAAUGAGCUAAGUAGUAGCUGUACUAUUUUUGUAAACCAAAAAUAAGAAUAAUAAUAGGUUAGCUUUUUUGAAAGUUCCUAUUUUUUUUUU